AUGUCAAAAUUAAACAAGCAAUUACCAUCACUAAAAUAAAAUCUUAUGUUUGACCAAGGCCCAUUGCCCAACACAAACCUUCCAAAGGUAACGUCACCAUUUACUUAAACAGAAAUUCCGGAACAUCGUAACACAGUUCUCGAAUCAAACCGUCCCAGCUUCUGAAUCCGAAGCGAAGAGAUCGAUAAAUCGAUCGAUCGACGAAUUUCUCAGAAAGCAAAUGGCUUGAUUCUGAUCUCCAUUCCUUCGGAUGAAGUGCAAGAAGCAUCCCUACGAGGCCGGCGACGGCGUCUGCGCAUCCUGUCUCCGUGAACGUCUCUACGCCCUCAUUGCCGCCCAGAACAAGCUCUCACCCCCCGCCGGCGUACCCGAUCCUCGACCUUCUCCGCUCAAUCGUCAUCUCCCCUUCCCGAGAUCCGCUUCCCCAUGUUUCUCCCACCGCAGAUCGCUUGGCUCCGAGGCCUCUGCUUUCAACCGCUUCUUCAGCACUCCUACCAAUGGUAAUCUCACCCGCCCAAAACAUUCUUCUCUCUUGCCUUCCAUCUUCGGUCGUUCCAGAUCUGAGUCGUGGGAAUCCCGAUCGCCCUUUUCGUGGCUCUCCGCCCUAAUGCGGAGGAAGAAAUCGGGAAAAUCGUUGGAGGCCGUCGGUUUGCAUCUGCCGUUGGAACGGGGAAUGUCACUGGUGAGGGAUCGGGAGGAAGAUCACGGAGAAGUUUCGGGAUACUCUUCCGAUUUUUCCGCCGUUGGGGGGAUGCCGGGACCAACCCCGAUUCGGAAGCCGGGCCCCCGGCGGGGUAAGGGGGAUCUCUGGCUUCGCGGUUUGCCUGAACCCGUUGGUUCGGUCGAACCCGAAUCCCCGGCGGGCUGA